AAGCCUUUGCACCUGGUGUCUGGAGCAUCUUCAGCCUUAAAACAAACCCCUUGCACCUUGCUGGCACUUCCCCAUUUUUCAAGAAUGAAAAUAAUUAAAUGGCUCUGGAGCAGCAUCUUCAUCUGUGAAAGUUCUCACCUGAAGGGGACCCUGGCCAUUAUGCUCUUUGUAGGAAACAUUGCCUUUGUGAUUUCUCAGGAUAACGUGCAGACGUCAAACAGCCUCGAAGAAGGAGCAGAUGUCACGGCAUACUGGUGGGGGGAGUGGACCAAAUGGACAGCAUGCACGAGAACCUGCGGGGGAGGUGUCAAAUCCCAGGAGAGGCACUGCCUCCGGCAGAGAAGAAAGUCAUUGAGUGGGCUUGCUAAUAAAACUUGCACUGGGACAUCCAAAAGAUAUCAGCUCUGCAAAGUACAAGAGUGCCCUCCGACCGGAAGGAGCUUUCGAGAGGAACAGUGCUCAUCUUUUAACUCCCAUGUGUAUAACGGAAGAACGUAUCAAUGGAAACCUUUAUAUCCUGAUGACUAUGUUCACAUUUCUAGCAAGCCCUGCGACCUGCAUUGCACCACGGUGGAUGGUCAGAGACAGCUCAUGGUUCAGGCUCGGGAUGGAACCUCCUGCAAAUACACCGAUUUCCGAGGGGUUUGCGUGUCUGGAAAAUGUGAGCCAAUUGGCUGUGAUGGGAUUCUGUUUUCCACCCACAUGUUGGAUAAAUGUGGGGUUUGCCAAGGGGACGGGAGUAGCUGCACUCAUGUAACUGGGAGUUACAGAAAAGGAAAUUCACAUCUUGGCUAUUCUUUGGUAACUCAUAUUCCGGCUGGAGCCAGAGAUAUCCAGAUAGUAGAACGGAAAAAAUCGGCAGAUGUUUUGGCUGUUGCCGAUGAAGAUGGAUACUAUUUUUUCAAUGGGAAUUACAAAGUCGACAGCCCAAAGAACUUCAACAUUGCAGGCACGGUGUUCAAGUACAGGAGGCCUAUGGAUGUUUAUGAGACUGGCAUAGAAUAUAUCGUCGCACAGGGGCCAACUAAUCAAGGCUUGAAUAUAAUGGUAUGGAACCAAAAUGGCAAGAAUCCAUCCAUAACAUUUGAAUACACUCUUCUAAGUAAGCCUCAUUCAAAAAUGAUCCAGCCCAUCUACUACCCCUUUUCUGAAUCAGACAGCGAGGAAAGCAGAGAGUUUGCCGGAGAAGUACCUCUCGGUUUUAGCCAGCGCAAUGCAAGCUACUUUGGGAAACUCUCCAGGGAAAGGGUGCAUUUGGAGAACCAGGUCUUUGGAAGGCAGGACACCGAGGAAGAUCUGAACUUGAGCAAAGGUCAGGAAACCAAUGAAGUUUAUGAACGAUCAGAAGCCGUUGACUGUGAACCAAAACUGAAGGGCAAACAACCCAAAGCUUCAAACACAACCAGGUCUGCUUACCUGACAGACAGAGAGGACCGAGACUUUGACUCGAGACUCGCCUCCAAGGAGUUCCUGUCAGAAAACGCAAUCACCGACAAGCUCCUGGAUAAAAGCUCGGACUCGAAGGAAUUAGCUCGGAACAUGACCAUGAACAGCAUCUUCGCCCAAGGAGACCCGAUGCACACCGUGGGGUCCCACAUCGACAGCCUUUACGUCGACUACGAGGACAACGAAGGGGUGGUGACAUACAGCAUCAAUGGGACCUACCUGGAGCUCAGCAGUGACAAAAUCAUGAAUGCUUCCUCAGAGACGCCGUUUUCCAACGCUACCAUUACCCUGACCAGCCCCCAAGGAAACAGAACGCACAAAGCAAGAAACAGAUUGAAGUUGUUAAGAAAGGGCCAAGGUGUGAGUGCUGCUGACAUGUACAGGUGGAAACUUUCCUCCCACGAACCCUGCAGCUCUACAUGCACGACAGGAGUGAUGUCUACAUAUGCAAUGUGUGUUCGUUAUGAUGGGAUCGAAGUGGAUGAUACGUACUGUGAUGCCAUGACCCGUCCCGAACCUGUCCAUGAGUUCUGUGCUGGAAGAGAAUGCCAGCCAAGGUGGGAGACGAGUAGCUGGAGUGAGUGUUCCCGGACCUGCGGGGAAGGGUACCAGUUUCGCAUCGUCCGAUGCUGGAAGAUGAUCUCUCCUGGUUUUGACAGCUCUGUCUACAGCGAUCUGUGUGAAUCUGCCGAUAUUACCCGGCCGGACGAACGCAAAAUCUGCAAGAACCCAGCGUGUGGGCCUCAGUGGGAAAUGUCUGAGUGGUCUGAGGUAAGCCCCCUGAAAAGAGCUGGCAGCUUCGGCAGCUGCGGGCAAGGGAGGAUGAUCCGGCACGUGUACUGUAAAACCAGCGACGGCCGGGUGGUGCCAGAAGCCCAGUGCAACCUGGAGACCAAGCCGCUUGCGAUCCACCCUUGUGGGGACAAGAACUGCCCCACCCACUGGCUGGCACAGGACUGGGAGAGGUGCAACACCACGUGCGGCCGGGGGGUGAAGAAGAGGAUCGUGCUGUGCUUGGAGAUCGUCAAUGGGAAAAUCAAAACGCGGAACCCCACCGACUGUGACGUCACCAAGAAGCCCAUAGAAGAAACCACCUGCUUUGAGCGGCCUUGCUUCAAGUGGUACACGACCCCCUGGUCUGAGUGCACCAAAACCUGCGGCAUUGGCGUGCGAAUGCGAGAUGUGAAGUGCUACCAGGGGACAGAUAUUGUUCGUGGCUGUGACCCGCUUGUGAAGCCUGUGGGUAAACAAACCUGUGACCUGCAGCCCUGCCCUACUGAGCCACCAGAUGACAGCUGUCAGGACCAAGCGGGAACGAACUGCGCUUUGGCAAUCAAAGUGAAUCUCUGCAGCCACUGGUAUUACAGCAAAGCCUGUUGCAGGUCCUGUAGGGCACCCCAUUCCUAGGGGAGCGAUUGGACUAAUGCCUUCAGCACUUGGAGACAGAAGGAAUUAGGGGUAGGCUCGUUUCGAGCAUCCAGCAUUUGGCAGAAGUAACAGACAUCAGGGUGAUGCUCCCAGGUUUGACUUAACGGUUUACUGAGAGCUCAUUGUACCAGUCUGGUUAAGAGUUAAAAGUGCUACAAACGUGCCACCAGGCUGUUUUCUUCCACCGGGGCAAAACCUUGCUCCUCACAUUCCUCAGAACAGAGGGAAACGGCACCAACAUUUUGUUUCGAAGCUGACAUGAAAGCUUUGUUACUACUGUAUAUUGGUAGCAUGUGAUUCUCAAAAGCUGUACAUAGAAUCUUGUAUAUUUGAUUCACUCUCAUUCCAACCAUUCACUCGUUUUGAAAGGGCUUUCCUUUAUUGUCUUGUGUCUGCACGCGCUUUAAACUGACACUGUCAAAGAGCCAGCCACGUGAAAUUAAAAACACCGUCAUGUUUGCCUUAGCAGAGGAUCCUAGAACCUGUUUUAUAAUUCAUCCCACAAGCUCUGCUUUUUAGCCUUUAUUUCCUUUAUAGUGGUUGGGAGCUGAAUUUCAUUCAUUACAUGAGCUCAAGCCAAAGCCUUUUGUAAUAUGUAGGUGUAUACUUUUUCAGAGAAUUUUAUCUUAUAAUCAAACUUUAGUUUCAUAGGCCUUAUAAAAAUCAUAAUGCUGACAUAUUGUACAUAAUAAUGAAACAUAACUGCACUUUAUAUCACAAAAAGACGUGCUCUUUUUAAUAUAUUUGUUUACAAACAGUGAACCUUAUCCCUAUAAUCAUUAAGUUGUACUCAUAUGUAUUAUAUUUUAAUAAAAUUGUCAUA